GGCUGCUGUUCACGACAUAUUCAGUUCCUAUGCUUCCACGAUGAAUGUGAUGAGUGAACGAAUAAAUAAAAACGAGAAGUAUUUUUCUAAAUGUAUUUAUUUUUUGCACCGUAAUUUUUUCAAAAUUAAAUAUACAGAUUAUACAUUGUAUGUGUUGUCAAAUUUGUUCUGAAAAUUGUGGAAAACUUGCAUACGUUUGACUUUGUAAAAUCGAAAGCACGUGCCGCGAGACCUCAUGAACGCGAGAUGGCGCGCGUUUACAAGUGCAUAUCGUCGACAUUCCCGCGCACGCGCGCGCACUGACAUUUUUUUGAGAAUUUUAUAAACGAUUUAAAUUGUCAAAAUUCACUCUCUUCAAAUAUUUUCUGUCAGAAUUUGCGUUUUUAGCCGAAAGAAACAGUUAAUUUUAAAAACUGAGAAUAGAACGAUUAAAUACGGGAUAGUUUGUAUUAAGCAAAGAUUGAAAUAAAGUAAUAAUUAAAAUGAAGUGCCUAAUUGAAGGCAACGGUAUUAAAGUCUUUGGGAAAGCAGUCCAUGCCCUGUCAAGAAUUGGUGAUGAAAUGUGGCUGGAUCCACUGGAGAAAGGGUUGGCUGUAAGGACAGUCAACUCAUCUCAGUCGGCAUAUGGCUGUUUCUUCUUCACUUCUCUGUUCUUCCAGCAAUAUAUUCCUGACUUAGAUGAUCAACAUGGCUGUGAAGUGGCAAAAUGCAAAUUAAACAUGAAGUGUGUACUUCCCUUGUUUCGUUGUGUUGCGUGGAGAGAUCGCAGUGUGGACAGAUGUGAGAUAUCCAUCAGUGUCCCUGAUAACAGGGUGAUAUUUCAAUUUCAUUGCAGACAUGGAAUAAUGAAGACCUAUAAUUUGGGCUAUCAGGAAUGUGAUGCUUUGCAGGCCGUGUUUCCAACUCACCUCUGUCCAAAUGUCCUGACAGCCCAGCCCAAACUAAUGGGUGAUCUUAUGGUGCAUUUCCCAAUUUCACAAGAAGAGAUCACAGUUUCCAUAUCAUCUGUUAAAGUGACUUUGAAGACCUACUGUGAGGAAGAAAAGAGCUGUGUUAAAGGUAUGAACACUGAGCUAUCACUGCACCCGGAUGAGUUUGACUAUUUUCAGGUUGGAGUGGAUUCAGCCGUAACCUUCUGCCUCAAAGAACUAAGGGGGCUUUUGUCCUUUGCAGAGUCAUAUGGUGUACCAGUGUCUUGUCACUUUGGUGUAGCUGGACAACCUGUUUCCUUCAGUGUAGAAGACAUGAUGCUGGAGGCCAAUGUUGUGUUGUCCACCCUAAAGGAUCUAAAGGACAAUAGCCCACCCCAGGUCACUGAGGAUCAGGUGGCUCCUACACAUGGGAAUGACAGUGCUGUUUGUCCUGUUGACACCCCCAAGAAUGCUGUAGCAGGUAUCUCGUUAUGUGAGGGUCCCAUGGAGGCAGAGGUUGCUGAUGUUGAACUUUUGGAGGUGUGUAUUGCUGAUGUGGAGCAGAUACCCUCUAGCCAGGGCAGUGGAGCCUUCAGCCCAGCUCUUCAUAUGAGGGAGAUGAUCCAGCUCCAUACAUCUGGAGAGACCCAGCCAAGACAGAGUUUGGGUCCUGGAUCUAUCUUGACUACACCAAUAACACCAGCCACUUUUAGGUUCCGCUCUUUGCUCUUUGGGGACUUAUUCAAUGACAUAAGCAAUGGUAAUACUUUGGAUUUACCCUGCCUGGUGUAUGCAAGUGACACGGAGGAGGAUGGAGGAACAGAGGAGGAACUCGGCUAACAGGACAAGAUUACCUUUCGCAGGUAACACCACUGUAAGGACACGUGGACAUUGUUGCACGAUGUACUGAAAGUCAACAGAUUAAAAUGACACAACAGCAUUGCGUUCUGCUGUUAAAUGUUAUAUUUUACAAAACAGUUGGUCGGUUUCAAGGUUAAUAUAUCGUUAACUAAAAAUGUUCCUUAAAUAUAGGUGCCAAGGCCAUUGCUAGACUGUAAUUCUUAAAACCUUGUUAGUGCACAUCUUGGAUUAUUUUAUUAAUGUGAAAAAAAAAAAAAAAGAUUUCACACAUGUAAGGUAACAUUUUGAUUCUGUUUCAGUUCUGUUCAUAAAUGAAUGCAUGGUUCAAUAUAAACAGUAUUUCCUUGUGUUAAAAUGUUCUUUGAGAUAUUAACUAUAAAGCGAUAGUAAAGUUCAAGGGAAGCAGAGUAGAGGCCAAAUGGGGCAAGUUUCACAUUCUGUUACAGGACUGGAAUGUGUACCUAAACACACAGUUCAGUCGAGUGUGCUCACCGAGGAGAUAAGCAAACUUCAAAACAAAAACAUUGCUAGGGAUGGAGAACUUCUUGUUCUGUAAGGCCACCUAUGACUAAGUGCUUUAAAAUGCUGUUCAGCACUCAAAUGUCUGGAAACAAUUCUUACAUAAGACUGCAGCAGUAAUUACUGGGAUUGUAAACAUACCUCACUACAUUGUCCAUAGAGAGCCUUGGUCUUCACUCGACUAUAAUAAUGCUGAAUUUUGAAGAAUGUUUGACAUAUUCGAAGCUAAUCAAGUCACAGCAGAGAGGCCGUUAUUCUGAGGUGAACUGUUUGCAUUGUGUCCAAUAUAAUUUUCUCACUCCUUCCCAUUUAAAAGCUCAGUUGCCAUUAACCUCAUAACACAAUAACUUAAUUCUGUGCCAUUUGUGGUAUUUUGUCAAAUGAGCUCUUAAUGUGGCAGUUGAUCAAUUGCAAUUCAAUUAGCUAAUGCUCAUGAUUUCCGGGUUACUACCAUUACUACCAUUUUUGUUUGAAGCAGACAAACGAAUCUCAUCUCCAACCACUUACAGAUGUACAUGAUAUUUCAGCACUUUGUAACAAACUAUAAAUAAUUUGAGCAUAAAAUGUAGGAAAACCAUAAAUCAUUACAGACCAGAAACCCACACAGGGCUCGACAUUAAGCAUCACCAUGCGCUUUUGGUCAUUCAAUUGUCCGGGUAAAAAAGUGACUUGUCCGGUGAGAAAAAAUGGCAUACUAAUAAUGGUAAUACUGUAGUUACAUGCUCAAGUAACAUAUCAACGUUUCUGAUGUCUGUUUUCUAAAAUUACGACAGAUGCCCAACCUAAUAAUAUGCCUAUGCAAUUAACUCAAUUCUCAGCUACAGAAAUGUAAACUGCACUGGGUAGGGACCAGGAAGGAGGCUAUUGUCAUAUGACAGUUAUGUUAUGUUACUAAUUUGUUAAUUAUGUAGGAAUUGUUUCAAGUUCUCAAUUAAUUAUUCAAGACUAAUCAACAGUCAGUAAUACAAUAACAAAAAAAUUAAAAGCAAUGAAUAGAAGCUAAUUAAAAGCAAUAGAACAAAAAAUACAAAUUACGAAAACUGCUUUUUAACAACUUUAAAAGUUUUUAACAGCAGUAUCAAGUAUUCAAGUAAACAUUCAGAAUGAAUUGCAAUAUAAAACUACUACUGGUCUUCACUGUAUAUUUAUAAAACAUUAAUACUUUUUUAAAGCAGCACAUUUAUCCAGCCAAGAGCAGUGUGUGUAUCUAUUAACACACUUGACAGCAGCAGGUCUAUUAGGUCACAUUUACACUUACAAGUCCUACAGAAUAUUUUAAUACAAAUCCACUUUCCCCACCACUGUUUACGUUCACUUUAGACAUAACUCACUGUGUUUACAUUAAUACCUCACCAAGAUGGGCAAUUUGGAAGAAUUUUGAAAUGUAUUUGAUUGUUCAGGCACAUAUCCGCAUUAGCAUGAGCGCUCUCUGAGCCCACACGCAUACACAUAAGCCACCUGUCAGUCAAACAGCACACAGCUAUUACUAAAUUGCUAGCGAAUUAUAAAAUUACGCGUUAUGAAUUAUGUUUAACAGCAGAAUAUGAACUUUGUAAGUAGUGAAACAGGCCAAGGCUAUAUCACAAAUAAAGCUUGUUAUUUUUUUUGUGAUUGACGUUUUAAUCAGGCAGCUUGUCUGGUCGGGCAAGUAAAAUUCUCUUUCAUUUGCCCACUUAAAAAUCCACUUGUCCCAGACAAGCAUUAAUGUCGAGUCCUGCCACAAUAGUUGCACACUGUACUGAUGCAUGGAAAAAUAGGCAGAAAUGAAAAUCUGGAAGUGUUUAAUAUCUGCGCAACUAGCGUACCCUAUCGGAAUUGCAAAAAAUAAUAAUUGGUUUCAAACAGGUUUCUCGAACACUCCCUGACUGCCAUUGGUCAUUCAAAAAAAUGGUGCUAUAUCAAAUGCAUGCCAUUGGUUGAGCCAGUCUUGCUGUGUCAGACUGGUCAUGUUGUCUCUGCAUUAUAAAGCUGGAAUAGGAGAGAGUAUUUUAACAAAAAAUCAAAUGACACGCUUCAGCUAUAUGUCACAACAGAACCAGCAAGCAGGACUGUAAUUAAAUCACUCAGCAUGAGCAUUUAGAAAGGGAAGACUGCUUUCUGCAGGUGGCCUAACAGAUUCAUCCCAUGGUGUAAUCAGGUUAAUUCAGCAGGGUGCAAAUGGCUUGUGUGAUUAGAAUAGCUACAUAGUUGAAACAUCACUAGUGAAGUGUUUUUUAAGUGUGGAUAUUCACAUCUAGCAUUGUCAGCAGUAUCCUGCAAAGUAACAUGCUAUACUUCAUCUAAAACUAUUUUUUAAACAACAUGUUACUAAUUCUUUUUUCUCCCCCUUUUUCUCCCCAAUUUGGAAUGCCCAAUUCCCAAUACAUUCUAAGUCCUUGUGGUGGCGUAGUGAUCUGGGUGGCGGAGGACGAAUCUCAGUUGCCUCCGUGUCUGAGACCGUCAAUACGCGCAUUUUAUCACGUGGCUUGUUGAGCGCGUUACCGCGGAGACAUAACGCGUGUGGAGGCUUCACGCUAUUCUCCGCGGCAUCCACGCACAACUCACCACGCGCCCCACCGAGAGCGAGAACCACAUUAUAGUGACCACGAGGAGGUUACCCCAUGUGACUCUACCCUCCUUAGCAACCGGGCCAAUUUGGUUGCUUAGGAGACCUGGCUGGGUCACUCAGCACGCCCGUGACUCAAGGGGUGGUAGUCAGCGUCUUUACUCGCUGAGCUACCCAGGCCCCCCAUUCUAAUUCUUGAGUAAUUAUUAUACACAAAGUUUAUUAUGAAAUUAAUGAGACUACAUGGAAUAUUUGUACUUAAAAAAUUGCAUUUGUCACAUCGCAGGGUUAUUUAAUUGAACGGCUAAAAGGCGAUUAAAAUGAUUAGAAAAUGUGGCAACACUUUACAAUAAGGUUGUAUUUGGUAAUAUUAGUUAACGCAGUAGUUUACAUGAACUAACAAUGAAAAGUAUUUUAACAGUAUUUAUUAAUCCUGGGUAUUUCAGCAUAUAUUCAUGCAUGUUUUACAUUAAAUUGUACAUGUUAACAUUAGUUAAUGCAUUAUAACUAACAUGAGCAAUUGUAAUUUUAUAAAUUAACAUUAAUCAAGAAUAAUAAAGUGUAAAAAAAAAAAAAAUUGUUCAUUGUUAGUUCAUAAUACCUAAUGCAUUUACUAACAGAACCUUAUUGUAAGGUACC